GUCAACCCAACAAGACGACCUCGUUUCACCGGAAAAGUAACAGCUUUUCUCCCUAUAACUCUUCGCCAGGAAUUAAAUUGAAUUGAAUUUCCUACCACGUUUCUCUUCACCUCCUUUUCCUUUCCUUCCCGAGCAAAAGCAUCGCAAUCGAUGCAUUCAUAGCGAGGUAGAGAGAGAGAGAGAGAGAGAGAGAGAGAGAGAGAGAGUAGAGAAUUGAGAAUUGGAGAAAUGGUGUCGUACGUGAACGUGUUUCUGUACGGGGUGGGAGGCAUAGUGGUGGCCGGGAUAGCGUUACUGGUGGCGUUCCAGGAGCGGCUAGUCUACGUGCCGGUGUUGCCUGGUCUCACCAAGUCCUACCCGAUCACCCCCGCUCGUCUCCGCCUCAGCUACGAAGACGUGUGGCUCAGAUCUUCCGACGGUGUCCGCCUCCACUCUUGGUUCAUCAAGCUCUUCCCCGACUGCACAGGUCCAACUAUUCUGUUUUUCCAGGAAAAUGCUGGCAAUAUUGCACAUCGUCUUGAAAUGGUGCGCAUAAUGAUACAGAGACUGCAAUGUAAUGUUUUCAUGCUUUCCUACAGGGGUUAUGGAGCUAGUGAUGGCUACCCUUCUCAACAUGGUAUCACAAAGGAUGCUCAGGCUGCGUUGGAUCAUCUGGUUCAGAGGACUGAUAUUGACACUUCUAGAAUCGUUGUUUUUGGAAGGUCACUUGGGGGUGCUGUGGGGGCUGUCCUUACCAAAAACAACCCUGAAAAGGUUUCCGCGCUGAUAUUAGAGAACACUUUCACAUCUAUUAUGGACAUGGCUGGAGUUCUUUUGCCCUUUCUGAAAUGGUUUAUUGGAGGUAGUGGCUCAAAGACUCCCAAGGUUCUUAAUUUUGUUGUCCGCUCUCCAUGGAGUACGAUUGACACCAUUGGCCAGAUCAAACAGCCAAUCCUUUUCCUCUCUGGAUUGCAAGAUGAAAUGGUUCCUCCAGUCCACAUGCAAAUGCUGUAUGCUAAAGCAGCUGCACAUAACAGGCGGUGUACCUUUGUGGAGUUUCCAACCGGCAUGCAUAUGGACACAUGGCUGGCUGGUGGUGAUCACUAUUGGAGAACGGUUCAGCUGUUUUUGGAACAAUUUGUUCCGCAGAACAGGGAUGAUGUAUCUUCCAACCAGGGCAACGAUGCUGAGGCAAGGUGACUAGCUGAGGUUGAGACUCUUGUGGCGUAAUACGUUUGGCCCCCCCCCCCCAAACUGUUUGUACCUUUUGACAUUGCAGUGAUUAAAAGCUAUUUGUGAUUGCUACUAAGAGCUGCUGCAUCCAGUUCUUAUCUAGGAAACGAUUUUCGGUUUUCCAGCCUGCGAAAAUUGACGAAAUGUGAAUGCCCUCGUCUAUUGCUCGAAUUCCGAUUCAUUUUACUGACGAUCUUUGAAUGGAAUAACAAGCUGUAUGAAAGACAAAGAUAUAUAGGAGUUCUGAGAGUUGACCAGUUGAACUUUCUGUAUCUGUAUUUUGGUGUAAUAUGACAUGCUCUCUUUUUUUGCGCA